AAUAAUGAAAUUUCAAUUCAUUUAAAUGGGGAAAAGGUGAUGUGAGAUAAAGUUCAAGUGUUUUAACUUACAAGCGUGGUCACAGAAGUAAUUAAACUUCUAUCUCAAGGCACAGCUGCAUUGACCAAUCCACCAGUGAUUAACCGUGGUUUAUGUGCUUGUUACUGGGGCAUGAGAGGGAGUGGGAGAGUGAGUGUGAAUGAGAUAGAGAGAGAGAGAGAAACAAGAAUGAGAGAGACAGAGAGAGAGGAUGAGCAGCAACAUCAGCUUCACACUCGUUAAGUGAGCUAUUGGCCACGGUGUCUGUUGGCAGUGCAGUGCGGUCAGGCCAGCCUCUAUUUGUAAAAGACGAACUCAAGCCAGCCUACACUAAGAUUGUCGCUAUCUGAUUGCACUCACCGCAAACGCGACCCAACCAGCCAAGAAGAGAGCAGGAAUAUUACACGCAUAAUUAUCAUGUCGGGGGCCACCGGGGACUUAACUUGUGAGGAUUGUUUUUCCGCAGAAGGGGACAACAGCACGGAGUUGCAUGCGCUCUCCACCGUGGACGACGACGAACUUCUGCGUUACAUCUGGACUGAAUAUUUGCACCCCAAGCAUUACGAGUGGGUUCUCAUUGUGGCUUACAUCUUUGUGUUCUUCGUGUCACUCAUUGGGAAUUUGCUCGUUUGUUUUGCAGUAUGGAAAAACCGCAACAUGCGCACUGUGACCAAUUAUUUCAUAGUGAACCUCUCCUUCGCUGAUGUCUUGGUCACCAUCAUCUGCUUGCCUGCAAGUCUAGUGGUCGACAUCACAGAGACAUGGUUCUUUGGACAGACACUUUGCAAAGUUGUGCCCUAUCUGCAGACUAUCUCUGUCUCCGUGUCAGUCCUCACUCUGAGCUGCAUUGCUCAAGACCGGUGGUACGCCAUCUGCCACCCGCUGAUGUUUAAAAGCACCGCCAAGAGGGCUUGCAAGAGCAUUGUUAUCAUCUGGAUAGUGUCGUGCAUCAUCAUGAUCCCUCAAGCCUUCGUGAUGGAGAGCAGCAGUCUGUUGCCGGCCCUCACGAACAAGACCAGUUUGUUCACUGCGUGUGAUGAACACUGGGAAGCUGAGAUCUACCCUAAGGUAUAUCACAGCUGUUUCUUCAUUGUCACAUACUUUGCACCUUUGUGUCUCAUGGUGCUGGCCUACAUCCAGAUCUGUCACAAACUAUGGUGUCAACAGAUUCCUGGCAGCACAUCAGUGUUGCAGAGGAAGUGGAAGACCAUGCAGUGCUCGGCAGCAGCUGGCGGGCCGGGAGAGUCUGUGCGGGUCAAGACCAGCACUGUUUGUGCUGAGGUCAAACAGAUCAGAGCGCGGCGCAAGACGGCUCGCAUGCUGAUAGUGGUGCUCCUUGUGUUUGCUGUGUGCUACCUGCCAAUCAGCGUACUCAAUGUGAUGAAAAGAGUCUUUGGGACCUUCAAGAACACAACUGACCGAGAGACAGUGUAUGCUUGGUUUACUUUCUCACACUGGCUCAUAUAUGCCAACAGUGCACUCAAUCCCAUCAUCUACAAUUUCCUCAGCGGGAAGUUCCGUGGGGAGUUCAAAGCAGCCUUUUCUUGUCAUUUUCACGGUCAAGGCCAAGAGAGACCGAAGAGAAUGAGCACCCGAAUGAGCACAGACAGCCGAAAGUCGUUGUCCACUCACGUGAACAACAUGGACAAUGUGUCACACAUAUCAGAUCAAAUAGUGCAAGAUCAUCAGCAGAUUGAGAUUUUAAAUGUUUAGACAUUUGAGGGCUUUUACUAAGGUUUUAUUUUUCGUAUUUCAUGGAAGGCUUGAUGAAAUGCCCACUCCUGCUCCAAGGUGAAGCUCGGCCACUGGAAAUACAUUUCAGCUCACACUGUCUUGCUUCUAGUUUUUCCUCUGUACUUAAACAAUACACACAUGUUGACACUCUGAUAAGGACUGAAGAGCUUUAAAAUGUUAGAUUCCAAUUUGGGACCUCACUUGACAAGCACUUAAUGUAUUUAUUACUUGUAAGUUGGUUUGUGGGAAUACUAGCUAUAUAUCAAACGGU